AUGGAUUCCUACGCGAUAAACGUAAACCAGCCGGUUGUUAUUGACAAUGGCUCUGGAAUGAUCAAAGCUGGGUUUGCCGGUGCCACGGAGCCUAGGGUCUACUUCCCAAAUUACAUCGGGCGACCGAAGCACUUCCGUGUGAUGGCCGGCGCGCUUGAAGGGGAAACCUUCAUCGGACCGAAAGCUGAAGAACAUCGUGGAAUGCUGCACAUUCGAUAUCCCAUGGAACAUGGCAUUGUCACAGAUUGGAACGAUAUGGAGAAAAUAUGGCAAUUCGUCUAUUCCAAGGAGAUGCUCAACAUUUUCCCUGAAGAGCAUCCGGUGCUUCUGACCGAAGCCCCCCUGAACCCGACGAGAAACAGGGAAAAGGCUGCGGAAAUAUUUUUCGAAGGCUUUAACGCUCCGGCGUUAUUCGUAUCUCUGCAAGCCAUACUCAGUUUAUACGCGACUGGGAGGACGACAGGAGUUGUACUCGAUUGCGGUGACGGUGUGACGCACGCUGUCCCUAUUUAUGAAGGCUUUGCUGUUCCACAUUCCAUAAUGAGGGUCGAUGUUGCUGGACGAGAUGUUACUAGAUAUUUACGGUUGUUGCUGAGACGUGAAGGAACGUGUUUCAAGACUACUGCGGAAUUUGAAAUCGUGCGUAGCUUGAAAGAAGCUGGGUGUUAUUUGGCCGCUAAUCCGCAGCGAGAAGAGAGCACGGUGGAGACCGAAAAAGCUACUUUUCCGCUUCCGGACGGUUCAACGAUUGACAUCGGACCCGCUCGUUUCCGGGCACCGGAAGUGUUGUUCCGACCCGACCUGAUUGGCGAAGAGUGCGAAGGAGUUCAUGAAGUGCUAGCGUAUUCAAUUCAAAAGUCGGACAUGGACUUGAGGAAAACCUUGUAUCAAAAUAUAGUUCUUAGUGGAGGUACAACUUUGCUGAAGGGCUUCGGAGACAGGCUCGUGUCUGAAGUGAAGAAACUCUCACCAAAGGAUGUGAAAGUGAAGAUUUCAGCACCACAGGAGAGGCUUUAUUCGACUUGGAUCGGUGGAUCCAUUGUGGCAGCGUUGGAAUCCUUCCGGAGAAUGUGGGUGACGAAGAAGGAGUGGGAAUCAGACGGUGCCCAUUUCAGCACCACAGGAGAGGCUUUAUUCGACUUGGAUCGGUGGAUCCAUUGUGGCAGCGUUGGAAUCCUUCCGGAGAAUGUGGGUGACGAAGAAGGAGUGGGAAUCAGACGGUGCCCGUAUUCUGCAUCGGAAGACAUUUUGAGCAAAUUGCGUGUCCCGUUCUGUGGGAAAGUGAUACAUGAGUAACUUUCAUGAUUUUUAUCCAUUUUGCCCGUGUUUUUUGUUAGGAUCCCAUAUUAAAAAUAACUCGGCUUCAUCCCUUUUCGUGUAUUUAAAAGUUUUUUUUUCUUCUCAACAGGGAAAAAGUUUGUCCAUCUGAUUGACUUGAACUGUUGUUGAUUUCUGGGCCCGCAUAAAAUAUGACUUUGAUCCGUUUCUCAUUGAAAUCAUCUGUCUCUCAUGUCCUAGCUUUGUAAAUUGACCCUUGCUAUCUGUUAACUAUUGUAUCAUUUAACGAUUGGUGGAAAUCUGAGUUGAAUUUUUAUCAGUGAUGGAUUUGAAGAGAAGCAUAAUUUGUUGAAAUGAACGUCAUGCAUUUUCAGA